AUGACAACUGUAAGACAGAGAAGGGUUGAAAAAGGCACAGAAGCGGCUGGAGAUCAUCAGCCUUCAGAGGAGAAGAAUGUGAAGCCUGAUGGGAAAAUUCUGUCUGAUCAUACAGGUGGAAAGCUGUGGAACAUACUCUCAAUAACUGUUGGUGGAAUUGUUGCCAUCUCUCUUGGACUUCUUACUUCUGUUUAUGUUGCCACACUACAUGAAAAUGACCUGUGGUUUUCCAAUAUUAAGGAAGUCGAAAGAGAAAUUUCAUUCAGAACAGAAUGUGGACUUUAUUAUUCCUACUACAAACAGAUGAUUCAGGCUGCUUCCAUCCAGCAAGGUUUACAUGGUUUAGUAUAUGACAAUAAAACUGAAUCUGUGAGGACAAUUAACAUACUUGAAAGAAUGAAUGUUUACCAGGAGGUGUUUCUCAGCAUUCUGUAUAGGAUUCUUCCAAUUCAGCAAUACCUAGAACCCGUUUAUUUUUAUAUCUACACUUUGUUUGGACUUCAGGCAGUUUAUGUCAUUGCUCUGUAUGUAACGAGCUGGCUUCUUAGUGGAACAUGGCUUUCAGGGUUGUUGGCAGCUUGCUGGUAUAUUACAAACAGAAUAGAUACUACAAGAGUAGAAUUCACCAUUCCUUUAAGAGAGAACUGGGCACUACCAUUCUUUGCUGUUCAGAUAGCAGCCAUCACAUACCUACUCAGAACUCAUUUACAGCCUGUUCAAGAAAAAUUGACACUUAUGGCUAUAUUCAUAGCAACAUUUCUCUUCAGCCUGACUUGGCAAUUUAAUCAGUUUAUGAUGCUGAUACAAGCAUUGGCAUUAUUCAUACUGGACUGUUUUGACAUGCUUCCCACAGCAAAGGUUACGUGGCUCUAUAUCAUUCAGAUUUCUGGAUUACUGCUAGUGUGCGUCCUACAGUUCUUUAAUUCUAUGAUUCUUGGAUCAUUACUUAUAAGUUUCAAUGCUUCUGUCUUGAUAGCAAGAACAAUCCAGAAAAACCUAAAAAAGGGUGGCUUGCUUAAUAGGCUUGGGAAACUUAUCCUCCAUGUACUAUUAGUCUUGUGCUUGACUCUCCUAAUAAAUAAAUUCAUCAAGAAGAUUCUUAAUCUUGAGUCAGAUGAACAUAUAUUCAAAUUCCUGAAAGCAAAAUUUGGAUUUGGGGCAACAAGAGAUUUUGAUGCUAACCUAUAUCUUUGCGAAGAAGCUUUUGGUUUACUACCAUUAAAUACUUUUUCAAGACUCUCGGAUACAUUACUUUUUUACGUCUACGUAUUUGUUCUCUUCCUUAUGACACUAGCAGCUGUAAUUGUUGCCUUUCGGAACCUCAGUGGUUCAAAUCCAGUCCAGUUCAUGGAAAAAAUGGAAGAAUGCACAAUAACACUGAAGCCUGAUGCUGCUUACAACUUAAUUCAUACAGUUCUUUUUGGAUGUCUGGCAUUAAGCACAAUGAGAAUGAAGUACCUCUGGACAUCGCACAUGUGUGUAUUUGCAUCUUUUGGCCUGUGCAGUACAGAAGUAUGGAAAGUUAUCCUGAAGUGUAUUCAUCUCUACACAUCACAGAGGAUGCAUGCGAUUAAGUAUUCUAUACCAAUAAUUGCAUUACUAUACAUUUCACAUAAGUUCUGGCCAGGAAUAAUGGAUGAACUGUCAGAGCUGAGAGAAUUCUAUGACCCAGACACUGUGGAGCUGAUGAACUGGAUUAAGUCAAACACUCCAAACACAGCAGUGUUUGCUGGGAGCAUGCAGCUAUUAGCAGGAGUCAAACUGUGCACUGGACGGACCUUAACUAAUCAUCCCCAUUAUGAGGAUAAGAAUCUGAGAGAGAGAACAAAACAGAUUUAUCAGAUCUAUGCCAAGAGAUCUCCUGAAGAUGUUUACAGGAUACUGCGAUCCUUUGGCACAGACUACGUGAUCCUAGAGGACAGCAUUUGUUAUGAAAGAAGACACAGUAGAGGCUGUCGGUUACGUGACUUACUUGAUGUAGCUAAUGGCCAUAUCAUGGAUGGUUUGGGAGAGAAUGAACCUGAUUUGAAACCUUCGCUGUAUCCUCGCUUCUGUGAGGAAAUUAAAAAAAACCUGCCUUCUUAUACCAUACACUUCACUAGAGUGUUUCAAAACAAAACAUUCCAUGUUUACAAACUUGCUAAGCAUAAAUAACAUUUCCAACCAUGGCUUCAAGUUCAGUAUUUUAAUGCUAGGACCCACAUUAGAAAAUGCAGACGUUUACAAACAUGUUACAUUUGUAAGACAUUUUACAUCGAUGGUUUCUUGUUUAAUUACUGUGAUUCUUAAUUUUUUAGACAGUUUAGUUUUGAUAA